CAUAUACCAAAAGGAUUACCAAAAAAACAUGGGUAACCUAGUUACAAUCGGAGUAACAAAACAACAUUCAAUCAUUCAGUAUUCAAAAUCUAAAAAAAGGGAUGGAUACCCUACCACGACCAUCGCACAAACUCACGCUGGUAGACAAAGUGUAUAAGUGGACGAUUCAAUAACUCAAGAUUAUUAGGGAAACUCACUGGAUAUGUCAUGGGCUGUAAGUCAAACAGGCGAGGCAGACAUGCCGGGCCAGGAUGGUAGAAAUCACAGCCCCAGAAGUAGCCAAAAGAACCAUGAGGGGAGUAGAAGGGAACGUGUCGACCGUCAUAUUGACCCAACAUAUCCUCAAGACCCUCGACCCCAACUCGAAACCACUGGAUCCGUUUCCCGUGCCCGCCGCUCUCGUCGUCCUCGAGGAAGAACCGCCGCGCAACUUCGAUCCUCCAGUGCAGAGCCGCAUAGCCCCACGCAAUCUUGAGUCUUGUCGCUGCCGGGUCGAACCGGCCGGGGGGCAGCUUGAUUGGGGCCCGAAUUGCUCCAAGUUGGCAUUUAACGGCGAGAUACCGGGCACACCGCUAGACGGAGUCGCGGUGCUCUGUGUCCAGCCUGACUUUGGAGAGACCGACCACCCACCAACCAUAUACUGUCACCUCAGCUCCCAAUCACGGCUUGCAGCGAGUGAGAGAGCACCAGUUAAGAAUCAGAAAAAUUGGUAUUCAGUUCAUUAUAUGCUCCUUCACCCAAAGCCGGGGUACAUGCUUUCCCAACUGGCAGGAUCCGCCUUCCGUUCCCCGUGCUCCCCCUAAACGCCAAAGCCGUAGGCACCAUUUCUGCAAGUAUUCGUACACCUCAGC